AAGCUUUCUCGAUUUGCAUUCCGUAAGAACUCAAAAUGGCUUCAAAUGCUAUUUUAUUAAUCACAUUAACCCUCUUCAAUUUCAUUUGCAUCUCCUUCGCCUUCGACCCUCGUCCUCUUCAAGAUUUCUGCGUUUCAAGUCCCCCGGGAAACGCAACAUGCAAGGACCCAAACGAAGUUACCGCCAAUGACUUUGGUUUGAGCGGUCUUGAUCGGCCGGGACCCUUUAACGCAUACGGCAUCACCGCCGUCCGUGCCUCAUCGGCUACGGUGCCGGGGUUCAACACUCUUGGCCUGACAUUUGCGCGUGUGGAGUAUGCGCUGAACGGAUACUUGCCGCCACACACCCACCCUUCGUCAUCGGAGGUUAUCUAUGUGGUGGAAGGUAUGUUGGAGGUUGGAUUCAUAACCACCUACCCAGAAUAUAAAUAUUACAGCAAAGUUCUGAAUAAAGGUGAUGUCUUCAUUAUACCUGUCGGCCUCCUUCACACCCAGCGAAACGUGGCGAGAACAAAGACUGUGAUAACAGCGGCGUCCAACACCCAGAAUCGUCGCGUUAUUUAUAUCCCCGACUCUAUUUUCGCGGCGAAGCCCGCUAUCAACAGCUAUUAUCUGGCCGGAGCGUUUAAGCUGGACGAGAAAACUGUCAAAGAUUUGCAGACGAAGUCGUGGUUUAAUCGAUCGGUAGUGCCUGUGUAAUAAAUUGUGUUCAAUUUCACGAGUGGUUGAAAGCAAGAAUAAGUAAAAGUUUAUAUCCUUCUA